GAGAUAAUUAGGGUAUCAGUAGAACGACGAUGCAUUCGACCAAGUCAUCACUGCUCCUGCUCGCCCUGGCCAUCAGCGCCAGCUGUGUGGUGGCCACGCCGCAACCGGAACUGCUGGAUGAACUCUUGAGCACACUCAACCAGACCGGCCAGAAUAUCAUCAGUGGGAUUGUGGAUGCCAGUAAGAAUGGAACGGCCAUAGCCGGGGAGUUCCUCGAGAGCCUGAAGAACUCCUCCGAGCUGUACUCCCAUGAAACGGUGGCGUUUGCCCAGAGAAUCGCAGAUGCCGUUCACCAAGCUGCCACCGGCGGAAUCAGGGACUUCGCCUACGCCCUGCAGGGUGGCAUCUCUAGACUCCUCAGCGAGAUUAACCGGGUUAGGAAUGUCCUACAGCGACAGGCCCUCAAGGACGCCCUGGCCAAAUUGCAGACCAUAAAUGCAGGAGUCGCCGAUCUGGAGGUUGCCGUUAACAACCUCAACGAUCGUCUGGACGAGAAGAAGACGGAGUACUCCGCUGAAAUUCAGGAGAAGUGGAGCAACUGGGCCGCCGCUCAACUGCAACGAGUGGAUGAGCAGACCAAUGGCGUUGGCAACGAGGAGGCGGAGGAGAUCCUUGACGAGCUGGUCAACCGAUAUGGCGGAUAUCUGCACAGCUGUGUGGAGGAGUUGCAGGUGCAACAGGCAACCUAUGAGCAGGUUGUCCAAAAAACCAUUGCCAAAUACCAGAAUGCCACCAGCAAUCUGACCGCCCAAGUGGAGCUCUGCCUGAAGAACAACCUCAGCUUCCGCUCCUGCCGCAAUGGCAUCGAUAGGGCCCUGCGAGGACUCGACUCAGCUCCCCAGGAUCUGCUUAACCUAAAGCUCCAGGGCAUCCGUCUGCUGGCCAUCGGCCUGGAUGCCAGCGGAUGUGUGGGCCAAACUCUGGCCGAACACGCGCUGGAGAGGCCCAUUGUGGAGCGAAGGCUGGACGAGAUCAUCCGGCGAUAUCUGGAGCAGCGCGAUUCCACCGAUGACGACUCGAGCUCCGAAGAGGAGACCACCACCGAGAAUGGCUCCGGAUCAGAGGAGUCAUCGAGCGACAACUCCAGCAACGAUGACGACUCCUCGUAGAAAUAUUCACUAAAUCGAAUUCUAUUAUUAAGGUGUGGGGUAAAAGAGGCACAAUAAAUUUAAAUUUAAUGCAACAAAAUAAGCCAAA